ACCAAGCUCUCAGCAUCAUCAAUAAAAAAAAAUAAAUUAAAUACUCAACACUACAUCCCAACACCCACCACCCACAUCCACCGAUAAAUCAUCAUCAAAAUGUCCAAUAUACCCCCAAUCAACAAUCUAAAUCAGCCCCAAAUCAAUAAAUUAAUAAAUUAAAUUAAAAAAAAAGAGGUAUAUAAAUUAAAAAAAAAAAAACGUCACAACCCCACGAUAACAGAUAAUGAAUAAGUAAUAAUACUAAACAUAUCCCCCCAUCAGGUGUUAUCGUUUCGUCUACAGUGCGACAGUGAAAGGUUUUGUGAUAUAACGUUAUUGUUGUUUAAAAACUGAUAAACCCUCGGGUGGAAUAUGUUGAAAAAUCGUUCGAUAAUGAGCGGCAAGUGCCGUAAAAUAACCUCGUAUAAACUGAUAAAAUGUAAUGGGAGCUGUUGCAAUUGUACGAGAAUAAUAGGAUAUUACCUGGAUUAUUGACUCGAGGGAUGAUGUUACCCCCCUGGUGGAUCAAGUAUCGAGGAUCCAGUGACACCUAAUAAGGGUUAACACUAAAUCGAAUAAACUAAAUUUAUUAAUUACACCCCAUCAUCCCUCUUCCCAUCCCCCCUCCUUUCCAUCCCCCCUAUCCCCCCAAACCGAUACCCAAUCCAUAGCAAAAAUCGGUGAAGUAAUUGAAAGUAUAAUUCAACGAUAGAUAAAAUUUAAAAAAAAAAAACAAAAAUUGAUAAAGAAAAAAUCAAAGGGGGGAAAAAAAAAGUCGAGGCCCUGGCCUUGGAAUAAAAUGAUUACGAGGGCGCUCUUUCUCCUGUUGGUUGUCCUCGGGGCCUUUGAUUUGCCAACGUCUCGAGUUGUUACUUGGGCCAGUAUGGCAAUGGCUAAUAGUCCAAAUGGCGGUUGCAAUGCAUGCAGAAUGCACGAGGAGAUAAGGGCUAUGAGUUUGGAGGCGAUUAAGGAACAGAUACUUAAUAAACUUGGUCUUAAACAAGCCCCUAAUAUGACGGGACGUGCAUUACCCACGAUACCACCUAUAUCAAAGUUAAUGGACAUGUAUGGAAUGCAAGCUGAUCAGCCGUCAAGUGUUGAGCCUGGUAUAACUCAUCAUGAGGAGAUUGAUGAAUUUUCCGCUAAAACUGAGAGUGUAUUUGCACUUGCCCAGCCUCAUCAGAAGCUGAGACAUUCAAAAGGAAGUCUGGACGUGUUGUACUUCAAAUUCUCGGACAAAGUGAUUCAGCACCGAGUGACAAGAGCCGAAUUAUCCCUGUGGGUGUGGGGAAACCAAAGAGAUGACGACGAUGACGAUACCCCAGACGAUGACACACCAAGAGGUCCAGUGAGCAUAACCCUCCAGAGAAUUCUCCGAGGUACAACGGAAAAUGGUAGUCCACUCCUAGGGCCACCCCUGACAACAAAACAUCUACGACCAACUGGAAAACGCGGCACCUGGAUCACCAUCGAACUGAGGCGAAUGGUAGCCGAGUGGUUCAAACAUCCACGAGACAAUCUUGGUGUUGCCCUCAAAAUAAUAACUGGUAAAACCGACAGAAGACACACAACCAUCGUCGAGACAAAUCCUGGCGCUGAAUUUGCACCCUAUCUCGAGGUUCAGACACAGGAAUUGGAGUCACGACGUGGGGCAAGGAUCAAGAGAAGUGUUGGACUAAAUUGUGACGAGGCAACACAGGAAACUAGGUGUUGUCGUUACAAACUCACGGUUGAUUUUGAAAAAUUUGGCUGGGACUGGAUUAUCGCGCCCAAAAAAUAUGACGCUAAUUACUGCUCGGGUGAUUGUCCAAUGGCAUUUCUACCGGUCUAUCCGAACACCCAUAUCGUGAGUUUAGCUGAACCACCAAACAACACUGGCCCCUGCUGCGCACCGAGAAAACUAUCCGAAAUAACAAUGCUCUACUUCGACAAUGAGUAUCAAAUUGUUUUUACAAGACUUCCUGGAAUGGUUGUCGAGCGUUGUGGCUGCUCUUAGCCUUAUUAAUACCACCCCCUCCCCCAUCGAUCAAUUUUUUUAAUUAAAAUAAAUUUGUUUAACCAUCAGUCAUUCAAAAGAAAAUUUUUCAAAUUUUUCAAAGGAAAAAAAUGAGAAAACUUUUCCAUGAAAAAUGGCUAUUGAAAUUAUCUGAAACUAAUUGCUCUCAACCAAUUGAACUAACAAUAAUUUUUCCACUGAAACAAACACUAACUUUGACCUCUGUCCCGAAAAAACGACGAAUUCUCUAAAAAAAUUUCAAAUUAACCGCUCAAUCUGCAUAACACUCCACCAUUCAAACAUUUUUAAUCAGCGCAAUAAUUUAAAUAUUUACUACCGUGCAAAAAAGAAAAAAAAAAAAAAUCAGUGAACUGAUAAAAAAAAAUUGAAUAAAAUCGAUAACCACGUAGUAUAUUAAUAUUGAACGGGAGAGAAAUGGUAAUUGAGUUGUUUGAAAUGUCGAAUAAUCACAAAGAAAAAUCCUAAUCGUGCCUUUAUGACCUAUUGCCCCACUGAUAAUUUUUUCCUCUCCCCACAAUCGACAAUUGAAUCCCUCUUUGCAAUUCAUUUAUUCUCAUUUCGUCGAUUAAAAUUGAUAUUCGGAGAAAGGAAGCGAUAACCCCUCGAAUAUAUCUCGAGGGGGAAAAAAUAAAAAAAGAGAGAACGAGAGAGAGAGACGAAAAAUAAAAGUGUAUGAGACUGGGAGGCACGAUUAUCAACUAUACCCACUAAUUAUAUAAUGAUACUUAACGAUAAUAGCGAUUUAAUCCUAGUGUUUCCUCGUUUAACGAAUACCUAAAAAAAUCAAUGCACCGUCAAUUAAUCAACGUAACUAUUAUUUCUAUUUCGUCAUUACAAUGAAAAAAAAAAAAAAAUCAUAAAGAAAAACGAACAAAUAGCUAUAACGAUGCAAUAUCAUCGGCAUCCUUCAGCUGUGAUAUAUACAUUAUGAACUAACUGAUGAUAAAAUGGUCAUGCACUGCCGGAGGGCUAACGAAAUACGUAUACGACUAAUUGUUCGAGCAAUUUAAUUAAUUAUCCAUCGAGUUAAUCAACCAAGUAGUGCCUUUCAACAGUGGGCAGAUGUCGCUGACCAUUAACUGGAGAAAAAAAAAAAAACAUAUUUUGAGAUUGAAUAUUAAUCGUCAUUUAUAUUUCGAAUGGGAAAUUUCAUUUUUUUUUUCCAGUAUUUGAUCGGAAAUGCUGAGGAGAUAAUAUUUAUACUCGGGAUUAUAUCGAUAUUUAGAAUCUAAAUCAGUAUUCAGGUUUUAUUUCCGGAUGAAUAUUUAUAGCUUUUGGUGAUCAUUAGUUUUAUAUUCAGGGUUGUUGCAUAUUCAUUUUUACUGAUGAGGAUCAAUAUUCCUAAGUGAAAUAUUAAUACUCGCCCAUAGGUAACAUUCAUUUAUCUUUUCAAAUGUUUUUAACGAAUAUUCAUAUUUUACCGCUGGAAAUAUUGAUGUGUUAGAGCGAAAUAUUCGUAUUUAGAGUGAAAUGUUGCUCGCUGAUAGCCUAAUAUUUGAAUAUUAACAAUAUUAAUAUUUCACUGUGCAAUAUAAUUGAUAUAUUGUGUACAUCUGAUUCGAAGUAUUUCAAAAAAGACAACACUUCGUUCGAAAUAUUCAUUAUUUUGCAAGGGAAAUAUAUUUUAUUGUGAAAUAUUGUAUUUUUUAAAUAUUCCAUCACAUCAACACCAAUAUAAUUAUUUUCUCUGGGAAAGCAUUUCAUAUUCACAGUCUAAUAUUCUUCGCUGUGAAAUAUUAGUAUUCACCAGCAUUAGUAUUGUAGAGUUGAGAAAUAAAUAUUCUUAAUAAUCUGGUGAAUACUGAUAUUCCAAAACUAGGAAUGGAAAAAUUUCAUGGACAAAAAUAUUCCACGAGGGAAUAUUGAUGUGUAUUAGCAUGAAUUAAUUUUCCUACCGAAAAUAUGAAUAUUUUCUAUUAGUAACUGCGAGAAAAUACAUAUUUCAGGUUGAAAUGAUGGAAUUUAAUGAACAACUUUAUUAUCAUCAACGACAACGGAAUGAAUAAUCUCCCGAGUAUCUCAAUAUUUUCACCUCAGCAAUAUUUUCCAUCACGAAUAUCUCCAUUAUUCCACCGUAAAAAAUCGUAACUAAUACUCAAACGAAUCGAUUAAUCAUAAUAGUGGUAAAUUAUGUUACACCUAAGUCCUUUUAUAGACUGUAUAGAAUAGAUUAUCAGCCCAAUGCGCAAUCAUUCGUUUUCUUCAUUUCACUCGACAUAUUAAGUGAAUGUUUAUUUAUGAAUAUGUUUUUUUUUAACGCUAGGAUCACGCAUCCAGAUAUUAUUCUACUCAAACGAUAUUAAUGUGCGCAAAUAGUUUUAAGGCGACCUAGAUUUAAUAUCGUAAACGUAAUUUUUUUUUCGGAGAUCCUGAUGAUUGAAGGGGAAUGAUGUAGAUAAUAACAUAAGUGAAUAUUUAUUUCAUAAAUAAAAAAGGGUUUUUGAGAAAUUU